CUACAAGCACUAAUGAACUUUAGUUGUAACUGAAAGCUACAGGAAUCAAGGAUAAAUAUUUGGCGAACAGAAAUGUUUCAUAACAUGAUCGGGAAAUAAUGCUAGAGCUAAAAUUUUCAAUUUUAAUUUUAGUCGUAGUAGUAUUUAAUUUAAUUAAUUGUGAUAUAAGCAACGAGAGCGCUUCAAAAUGUUGCGCUAAUAACACAAAUCAGCGUGUUUCAGUAGAAUUCUCAUCACAAAUUGUACAACAUGAAUUCAUUGUACAAUUUAAAAGUUAUUAUCAGUCUGAAGCGAGAAAAAACUUUCUCAAAGCAGCACUUGACAAUACAAAGAUAAGGAAUUGGACGAUUGUUGAGAGGUCUAACCCGGCGAGUGAUUAUCCAAGUGAUUUCGAUGUAAUUCACAUACAUGAGAGCGUGACGUUACAAAGCUUGGACAACUUGAAAAAUCAUCCUGUCAUUAAAAGUAUUACACCACAACGUAUCGUUCAUCGGACACUCAAAUACUUCGACUCCGAUGAGAACCAAAAUGACGAUGGACAAGCAAUCAAUCAAGAGAACGAAGAUGAUAUUAUCAAUUACAUAGCGAAACAUCUAAAACUUGACACAAAAAAUAAUGAAUGUUGUGAACCAGAAUUCCAAAACUUUCGUCGAGGCUUAUCAUCUUCAACAGAUACAAGUCAGCAAAUAAAUAAUGCGAACAGUCAUUCAAAUCGGAGAUUACUUCGAGCAGUUCCUAGACAAAUAACAAGUAUCUUGAAAGCAGACGCUUUAUGGAGUAUUGGAAUAACUGGCAAAGGUGUUAAAGUGGCAAUUUUUGACACUGGAUUAAGUAAAAAUCAUCCACAUUUCAAGAAAAUUAAAGAGAGAACAAAUUGGACAAAUGAAAAGUCACUUACCGAUGGAAUCUCUCAUGGAACGUUCGUUUCUGGCGUCAUUGCAUCAUCAAAAGAAUGUCUUGGCUUCGCUCCCGAUGCAGAUCUUCACAUUUAUCGUGUUUUUACUAACAAUCAAGUAUCUUACACAUCAUGGUUCUUAGAUGCAUUCAACUACGCAAUUCUAAGGAAAAUAAAUGUCAUCAAUCUUUCAAUCGGAGGUCCCGACUUUCUUGAUCUUCCGUUUGUUGAUAAAGUGCUUGAGCUAUCAGCAAACAAGGUCAUUAUGGUGUCAGCUAUUGGCAAUGAUGGGCCAUUAUAUGGAACAUUAAACAAUCCCGGCGAUCAAAUGGAUGUCAUUGGAGUUGGUGGAAUGAAUUUUGAGGAAAAAAUUGCAAAGUUUAGUUCACGUGGAAUGACGACAUGGGAACUUCCACUCGGUUAUGGUCGAUUAAAGCCAGACAUUGUUACUUAUGGUGCUCAAGUGAAAGGAUCAAAUUUGAAAGGCGGGUGUCGAUCACUUUCAGGAACAUCUGUUGCAAGUCCUGUUGUUGCUGGUGUUGUCACAUUAAUUAUAUCCGGUGUGCUUAAAAAGAUUGACGUGAUAAAUCCAUCAUCAAUAAAGCAGGCGCUUAUCGAAGGUGCAACACAUUUAAAUGACAACAACAUGUUUGAGCAAGGCCAUGGCAAGCUGAACAUCUUGAAAUCAAUAAAAAUUCUAUCGGAAUAUCAACCGAAAGUGUCCUUGAGUCCAACACAUUUGGACAUGACCGAUGAUUACAUGUUUCCUUACAACACUCAAUCGAUUUAUUACACGAUGCAACCGAUGAUAAUGAAUGUGACAAUUUUAAACGGCAUUUCUGUGACGGGACGUGUUGCGGAAGUUCAAUGGUAUCCUUAUCAGAAUGAAAACGGAAAUUUGUUGAAUGUUUCGAUAUCGUAUUCGAAUGUUUUGUGGCCUUGGAGUGGUUGGAUGAGUCUUCAUAUCACUGUCAAUGAAUAUGGUUCGAACUUUGAAGGACAAGCUUUAGGGCACGUGUCAGUGACAGUUGAAAGUCCAUCGCCAGCUGAUCCGAGUGAGAAAAUGAAUUCAACUGUAAGCUUUUCAAUUCGAUGUAAAAUUAUUCCGAAACCUCCACGACAGAAGAGAAUAAUUUGGGAUCAAUUUCAUAAUUUACGAUAUCCACCUGGAUAUUUACCAAAAGAUUCACUCAAAGUUAAAUCAGAUCCAUUGGAUUGGCGUGCUGAUCACAUUCAUACCAACUUCAAAGACAUGUACACACAUUUAAGAUCGUCUGGUUACUACAUUGAAGUUCUGGGACAACCAUUUACAUGUUUCAAUGCAUCAAAUUAUGGAACGCUCUUGAUUGUUGACCCCGAAGAAGAAUAUUUCGAAAGUGAAAUAGGAAAAGUUCGUGACGAUAUUCUUGAAAAGAACUUGAGUGUAAUAAUUUUUGCUGAUUGGUAUAACACGACAGUGAUGAAGCAUAUGAAAUUUUAUGACCAAAAUACUAGACAAUGGUGGGUGCCUGACACAGGUGGCUCAAAUAUUCCAGCACUUAAUGAGUUACUUGAGAGUUUUGGUAUUGAACUUGGCGAUAAAGUAUUGGAAGGUUAUUUCCAAUUUGGAGACCAUCAUGAAAUGUAUUACAAUAGUGGAACAAGCAUCGUAAAAUUCCCAAAAACAAACCAAACUGUUCUCAUCCAGAGAGAUUUAAUUGAUCAAGGUGCUGAAAUUCUUAAACAUUCACCAAAUGGAAGUAAUCAAAAAGAUUUAUCGGAAGUUGAUUUUAAGAAUGUUCGUGUUAAACAUAAAGAAAUUAUUCUCGGCAUGACACAAAUACAGUCAUCAUCGAAGAAAGAACGAAAAGGUGGCAGAAUUGUUGUUUAUGGUGACAGUAAUUGUCUCGAUUCAACACACUUAGAAAAGGCUUGUUUUUGGCUUAUUGAUUCGUUGUUGGAGUAUACAAUGACGGGCCAUAUUAGUGAGAUGCUGAAAAAUAUGAAUCGAACGCCAUUCAUUGAGUUUCCAGAAUUAACAAAACCUCUUCGUUUAGACGGAAAUAAUCUUCAUAUUUAUUCUAAAGUGCUCGAUGUGAAUGAUCACAAUAAAAAGCGACCAUUGCCGAUGUGUUUGAAACUUCAUUGGGAGAAUCCUUAUUUUCUAAACAUCACGAGAUCAUUUGUGCAACCACCUCCAAUCGAAUCAAUUGAAACGAAUAUGAUUUAAAUGGACAUCAAGUGACUCGAUGUGAAAGGAAUUAACUGAAGUUUUGUGAUUUUUGCUGCGGGUAGUGAAUGUUAGUAAGAAAAAACACUGGUGAUAAAUUUAAGAACGAAAUGACAAAAUUAACAUUUGUCACGAUCAUUCACAACUUUUGGGUUCGAUAUUUUAAUUAAUAUGAUUGCAAUGCAAACAAACUUAUUUAUAAGAAUUGAUUUCUAAUCAUUCAUACUACUGUUUAGUUUAAUUAAUAUUUCUUUUUUCUAAUAUGACUUUUAAAUGUUUAUCGCUUUUAUAAGGGAAAUUGUUGAUUUCUAUUUACUAUUAAUGGCUUUGAAAGCUUUUAAAUUUCUAAAUUCCCACUUAACUUUAAGAUUUAAAUUUAGUGACAUGAAAUCUGAAAGCAAAAAUUUAGAAGAUAAGAAAAUUAAAAUCAAUUUGUUUCUAUUGUGAGAAACCAUUUUUUAAUAAAUUGAGGAAAUAUGAAAACUUUUAAAUUCCUUUUUGAUUAUUAAAUACCUACUUUUAAAUUUUAACAGGUGGCAAUGGUUUUUAACAAGAAGCUACAAGUAAAUAACAAGUUUCGUAACAAAUUAUUUUUAAUACAUAUGUUGAAAUUAAACUAGGGACAUGAACAAAACAUUCUGUUUUCGAAUAUUUAUAGAAAUUGAUUUAUAUUUCUGACGAAUGUAAGUGACGUAAUUAAUUUUGACACAGAAAUCGAAUAAACUAUUUUUACUUGUUCAUCACUUCAAAAGAUGAUAAAGUGUUUAAGUGGAUUAUGAUGGAUGAAAUAUUUUAAUUGGACUUCGAACUGAGUCAUCGGUAAUGAAAAUGACUGUUUAUGAUAUUGUAAAUCUAAUAAACAUAUC